UCCUCUAUACGACGCGGCCUAUAGGAAUUGUUUGAGGGUUGUAGGGCUGCCUGGAUUCGGGGGUUUAAGGAAAGCAGCAGCGACAAUCCGUUCAUCUCCCUAUCGGAGAAAUGAUGGAGAGCGCAGUAAUAGCCAAUGUGUGCGCAGGCGUGAGUGGGAGAGUCCACCCGUGUUGUUGUUCACUACAUCGCAAGGUCCCGCGUGCGAACAAUGAGGAAGUCAAGUUGAAGAUUAAAGACCUAAACGAGCAUAUUGUAUGCUACCUGUGUGCCGGAUACUUCAUCGAUGCCACAACUAUUACCGAGUGUUUGCAUACUUUCUGUAAAAGCUGCAUUGUGAAGUACCUCCAAACCAGCAAGUACUGUCCGAUGUGCAAUAUAAAAAUCCAUGAAACGCAGCCUUUACUCAACCUCAAACUGGACAGAGUGAUGCAAGACAUUGUCUACAAACUGGUCCCCGGUCUGCAAGAAAGUGAAGAUAAAAGAAUAAAGGAGUUCUAUCAGUCGCGAGGGAUUGAGAGAGUGGUGCAUCCCUCAGGAGAAGACUCGAUACCAGACUCAGCAGGUCUCCCUUUCACCUGCUUCGACCACUCUAAAGCCCACUUCUACAGAUACGACGAGCAGGUCUCACUGUGUUUAGAGAGACAGAGUUCAUCGCUCUCUGGAAAAGAUAAGACAAAACUUACCCUUCAGAAGUUUGUCCGCUGUUCAGUCCGUGCGGAGGUGAGACACCUUCGGAAAGUGCUGUGUCAUCGACUGAAUGUAGAGAAGCACCAGGUCCAGAUGUUGUUCAACAACGAGUCCCUCCCAGAUCACAUGACCAUGAAGCGUUUGUGGCUGUCUCACUGGUUUGGCAAGGCUCAACCACUGGUCCUUCACUACAAUAUCAAGGAGAAAAGGACAAGAUAGAACUUCCCCUCUCCAACGGCAGCUGUAUAUAUUUUGUAUAAUACAUAUUCUAUUUUAAUAGUGUUUGUGUACACAUACUUAUUUUGCUGUUUUGUAUUUUUGAAAAUAAAUCUGUGGAAAAUGCACUUUUGGGUUAUGUAAUUAAA